UAAUACAGUAUAAUUCUUAUAGAAGCAUUCAGUAAAAAAAUUAUAACACAAAAAAAAAUAUUUUUACAUGACAUAAUGUGUAUAGAUAAUUAGUUAUAAAGAUUAGAACUAAAAUAAUUAUGAUGUAGAAUAUAUACAUAUAAUGUCAUAUUCGACUAAAUUUAUUAAUGAUAUCUAUACUUAUAGAUAAUACAUUGUAUAAUCGUAGAUUUUCUUAUAUGUGUAUGUGUUAUCUUUUUAAUAUAGAUAAUAUUAAAAGAGAUAUAGAAUAUAUAUAUAUAUAUAUAUAUAUAUAUAUAGGUACAUACAUAAUCAAUAUCUUACAUUGUGCAUAUUGUGACAUGAUUAAGGAUAAAAUAUUUAAAAAGUCGCAAAAAAAAGUUGACGUAAUUUUCCGUCAAAUUCCAAACGUGCAAUAGAUAUUUUUUUCAUUCACUAUGUUCGCCGAAUUCGAUUACAAUAGAUUGUGUCUUCUUUGUUAUGUAAAUGUAUAUCUUAAUGUAAUAUUUUUCCUUGUCAUUACAUAAUACAUUAAUACAUGAAUGCAUAAGAUUAUUUGUUAUUUCGAUCGUACACGUAGACAUCGAUCGUACAUUGCUAUAUGUCAAUUCAUUCAAAAUUUUCCAUUAUAGACUGUCCACUGUGCUCUUUUAUAUAAGCAAGAGUGGAAUCGAGCGAAGAAUUAAAUUGCUGACAUCGUGACAAACAAUUAGUCAAUCAGAAAUAAGAAGUAUAAUAUUGUUGCAAACGUAUCUGAUUGGUCAUCAGCGAGAGCUAUUUAAAACCGAUCAAAAACCGCUCGAGCAAAUUGAAGGAGAUCAUUGACAGACAACGUAGCUCUCUCAUUGUCAGUAUAUGUGUGCAAUUGUCCUUCAACACUAGUGUUAAUUUAUACAAAACCGCAUUAAAAACAGUUCUUGGAAAAUGACAGACAAUACAAAAAAAGAGGCUAAGAGAACUCUGGAUGGAGGCUGGGGCUGGUUCGUUUGUUUUGGAAGCAGUCUAAUUUCGCUUUCGUUGCGCUCUUUGGAUCCAUCUUUCGGACUACUUUUCAAAGAUUUGCUAGAGGAACUCAAUGUGGACUCUACAGGAACGUCUGUUAUAAUGAGCGUUUUAGAUGCUAUUAUUAAUUUUUCAGGUUUUCUAAUUGGGCCAUUGUUAAAAAAAUAUUCUUACCGACAAAUCGCAUUCUUUGGAUCUUUACUCAGCUGUAGUGGUUUGAUACUUACAUCCAGAUCAAAUAGCAUGCUUUAUAUUAUUUGCACCUACAGUAUCGUAGGAGGCCUGGGUACUGGCCUUGCAAUGGCUUGUGCCUUCGUCGCGCUGAACACGUAUUUCGACAAAAAGCGUGGCCAAGCGGUUGGAUUUUCCAUGGCAGGAACUGCAUUGGGCAUGAUGCUCGUACCGCUGCUGAUACACAUGCUAUUGGAAUUGUAUGGAUUUCGUGGCACAACACUUAUCAUGGGAGGAUGGGCGUUGCAUGCUGUAGUGGGAUCAUGUUUAUUACGUCCACUUGAAGAAAAACCGUUAUCAUUGCCACAACCAGUUGAAGAAAAGACUGAUAAGGAACGAGAAAACGAGGCUUUAUUAAUGAAAACGAAUCCUAGUGGAUCACGAAGGAUGUCAAAUGGAGCAAUUUGGACCGAGGAUCAAAAGGCGGAAAAUGAACCGAAACUCUCAUCUAAAAGUGAAUCGUUCAUGAAGAAGAUAAAAGCAACCUUUGACUUGGAUCUUCUCAAGAAUUCCACGUACUUAAAUGUCUCUCUAGGCUGUAGUUUUUACUAUGUAGCCGAAUCGAAUUAUAAAUUAAUGAUGCCUUUCUUCCUCUCGGAUAUCGGAAUGACGAAAGCGGAGGUCGCCUUUUGCCUAUCCCUGACCGCAUUCGUUGACAUCAUUGCCAGGCUGUUGUUGCCGACGAUUUUCGACAAGUUCGGCUGGAAGAAGCGCGUGAUCUUUUGGGUCUUCUGCCUCUUCCUUGGAAGCGCACGUUCCGUAUUGGCAGAACAAACGGCAAUGAUACCAUUGAUUACCAUGCUUGUGAUAGCGGGUUUCUUGCGCGGCGCCACAUUGGUGAAUCUUAAUCUCUGCAUAUCGGAAUGCUGUACUUUGAAGAAACUACCGAGUGCAUUUGGAAUAUUUAUGGUGUUUAAAGGCUUGUGCGUAAUCAUUAUAAGUCCUUUAAUCGGAUACGUCAGAGAUGUUAGUGGUAGUUACAAAAUCUGCAUCCAUAUAAUGACCGCCAUGACACUUGUUACAUUUGUUAUGUGGAGCGUUGAAUUUUUAUACAGUGCUUCUCGCAAACGACAACUUGAUGUAUUAGCCGUGCUGCCAAUGCAACAAUGUUUCGGUCUUAUCUUCGCGGAGCGUUUCAUGAUUCUCGGUAUCGCCGCGACGCAAACAAGCCUAAUUCUUCAUCUCAAUGGAACAAUAACGUGUAGUCUAGGCCUGAUAAGCGGUCCGAUGAUGAAGAGAUUCGCCUUUCGUCAAGUCGCAUAUUUUGGCGGCCUAACGGUUGUCCUUGGAAUCUGCGCUACCGCUUUCGCGGUGUCUCUUCCUACUCUUAUUAUCACUUACUGCGUUAUUAUCGGUAUCGGACAAGGAAUCAUUUUUCCAGCGACAACCUUAGCUCUAAACACAUAUUUCCGCAAGAAGCGCAAUGUAGCUAUGAGUUUCUCGAUUACAAUGACCGGUUUGGGUCCAAUCUUGAUGCCUCUCUUGAUAGAUGUACUUCUCGAGAAUUAUGCCACGACCGGCACUCUCUUGAUUCUUGCUGGAAUUGCCGCACACUCUUUCAUCGGUGCAUCGUUAUUAAGACCGUUUGAAAAGGAGAAAGAGAUUAGUCUGGUAGAUAAAACUACUGAUAUAUUGAAGGAAGAAAAGAGCUUGAGAAAAACAGAGACUUCCUGUAGUGAGAAUGAGGCAAACUUAGAGUGUCGAUCGGAUGAGGAAGAUACCGGAAAGGAAAGACGAUCGAAUCAUCAUCUGGAGAACAGCAAAAUAAAAGAGAAUGAAAAUAGAAAAACUUCGUUUCUGAAAAAAAUCGCCACAAAUUUGGAUCUCGAUCUUCUGCAUGACAAUUGUUAUGUAGCCAUAGUAUUAGGUAUGAGUAUCUCGUUGGUGGCGGAAACGAAUUUCAACGCAAUGAUACCUUUCGUCCUGGCCGAAUUGGCGAGUCUUGACAGAACCUCGAUAGCUACGGUGAUGUCGAUCCAGGCUGCUGCAGAUAUCGCAGGACGACUCUGUGUGCCACUAAUGGCGCAAAAAGUUGGCUGGACGUGCAGGAACCUUUACGUGAUAUCCCUGCUGGGAUCGAUCCUAGGAAGGACUAUUCUAUCAACAUGGGGUAAUUCUUACGUCACCGUAAUUGGAGUAUCUCUAAUUGUCGGAUUAUCAAAGGGAACCAAAGCUGUCUUUCAAGCUCUAAUUAUUCCCGAUUAUGUGCCAUUAGAGAAAUUGCCAUCCGCAUCCGGAAUUCAGAUGGUCUGUAAUGGCAUCCUGUCUAUUAGCGUGGGACCAUUAUUAGGUUUAGUGCACGAUUUAACGAACAGUUAUGUUGGUGCGCUAUAUUUCACAUCUCUUCUAAGCUUGUCCUGUGUCUUUCUGUGGUUUAUAAGUGGACUUUGGAUUCCUGGUAAGAAUAUUUUAAGAUUGAAUCAACAAAAUCUAGAAGAACAAGAAAAUUCUCAUCAAAAUGUUUAAUUAAAAUUAAUUUUAUAAUAGCUUAGUAUUUUCGACUGACUGAAAAUUGUGUAUAAAAAUAAUAUAAAAAAUUUAUAAGUUUACGUAUAAAGUAUUGUAUGUGAUAUAAUUUAAUAAUGUAUACGUUAAAACGUGAAAGUAUUUAAUUUCAUGAUUCUACGAAAUUUCUAACAAUUGUAUGGAAUUACAAAUUUUAUUGUUAAAUGGUUCAAAAUGUAAUCGGUUCCUUUUGCGUGCAAUCAUCAAUGAUUUUAUAAAAAUAUCGAUUAUUUUUAUUUUUAACACAUACAAUAUAUUGCAUAUAAGCAAGAUAUAUUCGAUAGAUAUAUUCGAUGACCAAAGACAGUUCCGAUCUAAAUAAUAAUAAUUCACACAAUUCUUUAAUAUAAGAUGAAACGGUUACAUAUAAAUCUCUACGUAUGCUCUGAUUAAUCUUAUUAAUGAAUAACAACUCGACAACACACACACAUCAAGGUUCACUUAUGCAAUUAUAAGCAUUACAAUAUGGAUAUGUAUAUGCACGCAUAAACAUAUUUGCUUUUCGAAUACAUAAAUAGCACGCUCAAUUGCAUAUUAUCCAAUUUUUUUUACUUUAAUCUUUAUCUUCUGUUUCACUUUUCUUACAAAAGCGAUAGAACAAUGUGAAAUCUUCAUUAUCAUUAUUAUUGUU